CUGCCUUAAUGAAUUAUACACUUGAGCCUGAUGUGACAGCAAUAACUGACUACUAUCCUGAUGUCUUCGCAAGCCCCUGUGAUGGGGAACUUAUCCAGAGAGGUAGCAAAUUUCUUCUUGCCAUCUUUUACUGCCUCUUGUUUGUAUUCAGUCUUCUGGGAAACAGUCUGGUUAUCCUGGUCCUUAUCACCUUCAAGAAGCUGAGGAGCAUCACAGACGUAUACCUCUUGAACCUGGCCCUGUCUGACUUGCUUUUUGUCUUCUCCUUCCCCUUCCUGACCCAUUAUCACCUGGACCAGUGGGUGUUUGGGACUGUAAUGUGCAAGGUGGUCUCUGGACUUUAUUACAUUGGCUUUUUCAGCAGCAUGUUCUUCAUCACUCUCAUGAGUGUGGACAGAUACCUGGCCAUUGUUCAUGCCGUGUAUGCCAUGAACGUGAGGACAGCCAGUAUGGGCACACUCCUGAGCUUGGUAGUAUGGCUGACUGCCAUCAUAGCCACCAGCCCAUUGCUCGUGUUUUACCAAGUGGCCUCUGAAGAUGGCAUUCUGCAGUGCUAUUCGUCUUACAAUCAGCAGACAUUAAAAUGGAAGAUCUUCACCUACUUUGAAAUUAAUAUCUUAGGUCUGUUGAUCCCAUUCACUAUCCUUAUUUUCUGCUACAGCAGCAUCCUACACCAACUGAAGAGAUGCCAAAACCAUAACAAGACCAAAGCCAUCAGGUUGGUACUCAUUGUGGUCAUUGCAUCUUUACUCUUCUGGGUGCCAUUCAAUGUGGUCAUCUUCCUCACUUCCCUGCACAACAUGCAUAUCUUGGAUGGAUGUGUUGUGAGCCAGCAGCUGAUUUAUGCCACCCAUGUCACAGAAACCAUUUCCUUUACUCACUGCUGUGUGAACCCUAUCAUCUAUGCUUUUAUGGGUGAGAAGUUUAAGAAACACCUCUCAGAAAUAUUUCAGAAAAGCUGUAGCCGCAUCUUCCUCUGCAUAGGGAAACAAGCCUCCAAAGAGGGCUGGGAAAGGUCAUCAUCCUUGUAUCAGCAGCCCUCCCAUUCCUCCAGCAUGAACUACAUUUUGUGAGG